GUGGGUGGGUCGGCCGGCCGGGCCGUGGCCAUGGCAGCCGCCGCGGGGGCCGCGGACGCGGAGGAGCCUCGCUCGGGGGCCGGCUCGAGCUCGGAGGGCGAGUGCGCCGUGGUGCCCGCGCCGCUCACCGGGCCCGAGGGCCUCUUCUCCUUCGCCGACCUGGGCCAGGCGCUCGACGGCCGCCCGGGGGUCCCGGGCCGGGCCGAGUCGCCGCUGCGGUACCUGCACGUGCUGUGGCAGCGGGAGCCCCAGCCCCGGGCCGAGCUGCGCGGCAAGAUCCCCGCGGGGCGCCUCCGCCGCGCCGCCAGGCCCCACCGCCGCGCCGGGCCCACGGGCAAGGAGGUGCACGCUCUCAAGCGCCUGAGGGACUCUGCCAAUGCCAACGAUGUGGAAACACUGCAGCAGCUGCUGGAGGAUGGUGUCGAUCCCUGUGCGGCCGAUGACAAGGGUCGCACUGCCCUGCACUUCGCUUCCUGCAAUGGCAACGAUCGCAUCGUGCAGCUGCUUCUGGACCAUGGAGCUGACCCUAACCAGCGGGAUGGACUGGGUAACACGCCCCUGCAUCUGGCGGCCUGCACCAACCAUGUCCCUGUCAUCACCACGUUGCUCCGUGGAGGGGCCCGAGUAGAUGCCCUGGACCGAGCGGGCCGCACACCCCUGCACCUGGCCAAGUCGAAGCUGAACAUCCUGCAGGAAGGCCAUGCCCAGUGCCUGGAGGCUGUGCGGCUGGAGGUGAAGCAGAUCAUCCAAAUGCUGCGAGAGUACCUGGCCCGCCUGGGGCGGCACGAACAGCGGGAUCGGCUGGACGACCUCUGCUCACGCCUGCAGAUGACCAGCACCAGGGAGCAGGUGGAUGAAGUCACCGACCUCCUGGCCAGCUUCACCUCCCUGAGCCUGCAGAUGCAGAGCAUGGAGAAGAGGUAGCCAGCGAGCGAGGGAGGCCUUCUCAGGGAGUGGCCGCGUGGACCCCUCGUCCCCCCAGACGCUGCUUCGGGCCUCGGGGCCGCUCCCAGUGCAGCCCCCUUCUCCCUGCGCCCUCUGCGCCUGCGCAGCACCUCGCUCUCAUCCCCCGCAGCCCUGCCCACAGCCUCACCUGGCCGACUCUGGAAUGAGGAAGGAACUAUGGUGAAAAGCCCAGACCCCAGAAAUCCAGGGUGAGAAGGUCUUUGCUCACCCCACCUCCUCCCAGAGACAGGGGCACAGGGCAGGGCAGCAGGAGAGCUAGGACAGAGGGUAGGGCACUGGCCUUGCACAUGGCCAGCUGACCUGGGUUUGAGCCCUGGCAUCCCAAAUGGUUCCCUUAGCCCUGCUAGGAGUGGUUUUUGAGUGCAGAGCCAGAGGUAAGCCCUGAGUGCCACUGGGUGUGGCCCCAAAACCCAAACCAAAAGAACAAAGACACGCAGGGGAGCAGUGCACUUUGGUGACUCCGAGACACCCCAUCCCACACCCAGGAUCCAGCAGAGGGGAUUUGGCAGAAAUCGGUGAGGAUUUUGGACACUUUGACCAUCUCGCAUUUCCAGAGGGUCCCUUUUGCCCCAGGGACCCUUGGUGGAAGCAGCUGGAGAGUGACAGGCCUUGGGGGCAGGCAGGAGACACGGGCCACAGGCCAUUUACGGGUGGCUUUGGCCCUCAGAGCCUGCCAGUAGCCUUUGACGGGCUGACGCCAGAGCUUCGGGAAUAAAACUGUGUUGUUCUAAGCUA